UGGCAAAAGUCCAUGUAGCUCAUAAAAAAAUUGUUCUACUUUGGAAUUGUUGUGUAAAAUGGUUAUCCGAUGAAAUUUAUACGAGAUGAGGAGUUUAUUUCACUUCUAUCUUUUAUUUGCAGGUUUUAUUGGGCAAUUCUACCAGUAUCAGACGACGGUUGUUAAGUUAGAAGUCUUGUUCACUUUGGAUAUCCAUAAUAGGACUGCUAGCAUUGAUAUUUACAAUGAUACGCAUGCAGGCCGACAGAUCCAAACACAACUCUUGGACAGAUUCUUAAAUGGCAGUUGUAUUCUAGACAUGAACUAUAAACCAGAUAUACGCAAUGAAACUGUCGUACUGAAAGUGACAAGAUUUGUAGAUAUACCAUGCAGUCCAUCUAAUAAUAGUGGUACUGACAUUGUGACCGAAGGUUUAGGUCAAAUACAUAAUGUAUUAAAUCGUCUAGAUACAAACCAUAUUCUCAAAUUUGUUACAAAUGGAACUUUUCAUAUUUUUUGUGGAGCUGAGAUGAUCAACAAUUGUGCUGAUGUAAGAAAAUGUGAAAAACACAAACAAUACGAACACGUGAAAUGUAUGAGACGAGGAGGAAACACAGCAAGUUAUUCAUCAGAAGCUGUAACAAUUGGGUCCGUGGUUGGUAGUCACCGUACAGAUGCUGCGCUGUCUGGAAACACAGGAAGUCAUUCAUCAGAAGCUGUAACCAUUGGGUCCGUGGUUGGUACAGAUGCUGCGCUGUCUGGUAAAUUUAAUCAAAAUCAAAAGACACGCUUACCAUUUCAUCUUGUAUUAGUCGGUUCUCCAUCACAAAAUAGAGAAACAGAAAGCGACUCAUCAAAAUCUGUCACUAUUGGGGCUGUCGUUGGUACAGUGGCUGCGCUGUCUGGAUUGGUGGCAGCUGCCACGUUUCUGCGUCGUAAGUGCAAGAAAAACGCCACUGUAUCUGAUGAUACUUCAGAUAUUUCUAGUAAUGUUAGCAGUGAUCUGGAUGACAAACUCUUUUUCCCAAGAAUGUUUGAGAAAAAUGUUGCGUCCGGCAGACCACCUCAGAAGACAGCUGUUUGA